AUGCUCAACAACCUUUUGCCCUUUACCGGAACCACGAAGCUCAAGGCUUAUAUAACUAUUUUCCAACGCCUCGGGUAUAGUGGUCGCCAGCUCACCGAGACCAAUUACGAUAACGAGGAUCCUCAGGCGAUACUGGACGCCAUCGCCAAAUACUAUAAGCCUAAGGGCUCCGGGCUCUACACGGAGCUGAUUCGCCAACUACUCAGCAUCACCCUUACUUCCGAGGGAGGCGUUCGCCAAUACGAAAAGGACUUUCGCAAGAUCACUGCCGAAAUCGCCAGCCUACACAAGUCGCUCGCUCUACCAGAACCUUUCCUAAUUCAGCUCUUCCUCAUAGGACUCGGGGACUCUUUUAAUAUCUUCGUGACUACUUAUAUCCAGACCCACGAACUAUACGACGACAAGGCCGUCAAAUUCGAUGAGGUCAUCUAUACCGCGGUAAAUAAAAAAACCCGCCUGCUCUCAUCCAAAGACGGCGAUAUCGCUAUAUACACUGCCCGCAACGGCAGCGACAAGGGUAAAGGCAAGCAGUCCGCCAGACACCAUAAAACCGGCGGCUCAGAAGCCAAUCGCGAAACUUGCUUUUUAUGCAAGGCCGCCGGACGCAAGUUCAGGCAUCCUCCCGCCAAAUGCUGGACCAAGUUCUCUUACCUGAAGCCCGAAAAGUUUAUGUCGGAUGAGGAAAAGAAGAAGAAGGCUCAAAUCGCCGCGAUCAAUUUUAAUAAUGUAGGGGAGGGCCCCAGCACUAAGCGCAAGCGUAUCGAAGAGGCGCUCUUUAAUGCCUCUGCUCUAGGGGAGGAUGAGUAUUUUAAUGCCAACUAUGCCUUUUUGGAAGAACUGGAUUCGACCAUGUAUUAUAUGGAUCUCAGCCCCGACGAUUUUAAUAUCCUCGAUACGGCUGAUAAUGAGGAAGUUAUUAACUUGAUAGCCGUCGAUUCUAGCCUGGAGCACAACCUGAUAGCUACUGACUCCGCCGACCUAUACUCUCAUAUAGUAAUAGACUCUAGCUACUCUCGCUAUUCCUUCGCCAAUCGUUCGAUGUUUAUCACCUACGAAAAGAUCUACUCUCGCCCUAUCCGCGGUAUCGAAGGCAGUCAAGUUUAA